AAUCAAAUCGGUGGGAAGCCAUUAGAAUUUCCAUACAUUGAUUCGAGUUUGGCACCCUUUCCGUAAAUGGCAACUGAUGAACCCUAUCCCUACGCUUUUCUCUGCUCGAUCACAGAUAAUGGAAUGCUCAACAUCUUUCUCAACUGAAUCUAGUGUUUUAGCCUCCAUCAAUCUCUCAUGUUCUUCCUCGAAGCUUUCUGAAGCUGUAGACGGAGAAUGGAUUCCUGUGACUGUUUCGAGCCUCAAUGGCCUGCUGAUGAGCUUUUGGUCAAGUAUCAGUAUAUAUCUGAUUUCUUCAUUGCUUUUGCCUAUUUCUCCAUUCCAUUGGAACUUAUAUAUUUCGUCCAGAAAUCAGCAUUCUUCCCAUAUAGAUGGGUGCUUAUGCAGUUUGGUGCUUUUAUUGUUCUCUGUGGAGCGACGCAUUUUAUAAAUCUUUGGACAUUCUCAUCCCACUCCAAAACUGUUGCUAUUGUAAUGACUGUGGCGAAACUGUCUACCGCUUUCGUCUCAUGUGUGACUGCUUUGAUGCUUGUUCACAUUAUACCUGACCUAUUGAGUGUGAAAACAAGAGAAUUGUUCUUAAAGCAAAGAACUGAAGAUCUUGGUAGGGAAAUGGGGUUGAUCAUUAAGCAGGAAGAAACUGGAAGGCAUGUUAGAAUGCUGACACAUGAAAUUAGAAGCACCCUUGACAGGCACACUAUAUUGAAAACUACUCUUAUUGAGCUUGGUAGGACUUUGGAUCUUGAGGAAUGUGUUCUGUGGAUGCCAUCAAGAAAGGGGAUGAUCCUUCAGCUUUCUCACUCUUUGCACAAUCUAAUACCUUUUGGCUCCACAGUUCCAAUUAACCUCCCCAUAAUCACCAAAGUGUUCAAUAGUGCUGAAGUAAUAAGGAUUCCGCAUAAUUGCCCACUGGCUAGGAUUAGAACCCCUGUUGGAACCUACAGUCCGCCUGAAGUUGUUGCUGUUCGGGUGCCUCUUCUGCAUCUCUCGAAUUUUGAAAUCGACAAUUGGCCUGAUAACUCCGCAAAAAGUUAUGCUGUGAUGGUCUUGAUUCUUCCUCUGAAUGGUGUAAGAAAGUGGCGCGACCAUGAAUUGGAACUUGUAACGGUUGUUGCUGACCAGGUUGCUGUGGCUCUUUCUCAUGCUGCAAUCCUAGAAGAAUCUAUGCGAGCCCGUGACCAGCUCAUGGAUCAGAAUUUUGCUUUGAACUUGGCUCGACAAGAAGCAGAGAUGGCUAUCCAUGCUCGUAAUGAUUUCCUUGCUGUCAUGAAUCACGAAAUGAGAACACCUAUGCAUGCAAUUAUAGCAUUGUCUUCACUUCUCUUGGAAACUGAGCUUACUCCCGAACAAAGGGCCAUGAUAGAGACCAUACUUAAGAGUAGCAACCUUCUAGCAGCACUCGUAAAUGAUGUUCUGGACCUCUCUAGACUAGAAGAUGGUAGCUUAGAAUUGGAAAAUGAAGUGUUCAACCUUCACGGGCUAUUCAAAGAGGUCAUUGGAUUGAUAAAUCCUAUAGCAUCUGUGAAAAACACAUCCAUGACACUGAACUGUGAUCUCGACCUACCUCCAUAUGGCAUUGGUGAUGAAAAGCGUCUUAUGCAAAUUAUCUUGAACGUUGCUGGUAACGCGGUGAAGUUCACCAAGGGGGGUUACGUUUCAAUUCAAGCCUCCGUUUUGAGUCCAGAUUAUUUACAAGAGUGGCAAACUCCCGACUUCUGCCCUACUUUGACUGAUGGUCUCUUCUACCUACUUGUGCAGGUGAAGGAUUCUGGGUCUGGGAUCAAACAACAAGACAUUCCACACAUUUUUACAAAGUUUUCGGAGCCUCGCAGUGCAUCCAACCGAACCACUAAUGGUGCAGGUCUUGGACUUGCCAUAUGCAAAAGGUUUGUAAAUCUGAUGGGAGGCCACAUUUGGAUCGAAAGUGGAGGGUUGGGGAAGGGUACAACAGUUACAUUCCUGGUGAAACUCGCCCACUGCAACUACCCCCCAGUUGACCCAACCAUGCAACAACUUAUGGUUCCGAAAGCACGAACCCAUAUUGGCAGUGGCGAACUGAUCAAACAUCGACAACUCGAGAGAGAGUCACUUUACCAUAGGAGUUUCUAGCUUACAUAACCAAUUGGAUGGUAAUGACAUCCUUUUUUGCAAAAAAAAACUCUUUUUCUGCAAAUAAAUAUCAAGGUAGUAAUUAAUUAACGACUUGUAGCAGAAAAAUUGAUGGUAAAAUAGACCAGAGUUCGACUUCAGGCGUACACAACAAUUGUGGUCAUUGAGUUUAUCAGGGCGGAUUUCUUACAGUUUGCUGGGAUUAGUCCAGGCAUAGUCUGGAACACCCUUCCAGAAAAGUUAAGAGUAUAUAUGAUGACCAUUUGUAGUUUGUGAGUCGAUCUUAUAGAAGCCCAUGCAUUGAGAGUUGGUCUAUUCUGUAUCUUAAUUAAACAUUGCAACUUACGACAUUCAUCA